AUGAUAACAACAUAUAUUUUAAAGCAAUUAUUUUCGGAAACUCCAAAUUAUGUAAAAUUUCAAUCAAAGUUCCUUGUGUUUUACAUUUGGGCAUCUAUUGUUUCUUUGUUUUUAAUACCAUUUUUUGUCUUCAACCCCAAAAAUGUAAAGAAUUCUCUGUUCGGAGUUCAAAUUAUUAAGCAUGUAACAAAAUUGAUAGAAGUAAAAUGGCAUUUAAGAAAUGGGAAAGUUUUAAUGGAAGACAGGGGAGCUGUUAUUAUUUCAAACCACCAGUCAUCCCUUGAUAUAUUAGGUAUGUUUAACAUAUGGCACGUCGCCGAUAAAGUAUCGGCCGUUGCAAGAAAGGAAUUAUUCUAUGUUUGGCCCUUCGGUCUAUCGGCAUAUUUGGCGGGAGUGGUUUUUAUUGAUAGAAAUAACUCUAAAGACGCAUAUAAAACUCUGAAUGCCACCACCGAGGUUAUGAUCAAAAACAAGACUAAGUUAUGGCUGUUUCCCGAAGGAACAAGAAAUAAAGACUUUAGAAAACUACUACCUUUCAAGAAAGGUGCAUUCAACAUUGCUGUCGCCGCUCAAGUGCCCAUCAUACCAAUUGUGAUCUCGCCGUACUAUUUUGUGAAUAGUAAAAAAUAUAUAUUUAAUAAAGGUCAUGCUGUAAUCCAGUGCCUAGAGCCCAUCUCAACAUUAGGGUUGACGAUGGAAGACGUGCCACAACUAAAGGAUAAAGUGCAAAAUGUCAUGGAGAGAGCGUAUCAGGAACUGUCCAAGGAGGUCCUGAGCGCUUUGCCCCCUAACUACCCUCUAGUGACUCAAGAA